GGGAGUGUUUGGGGUGCAGGAUGCUGCAGGAAGAGGAGCUCGGUGUGGGGGCGGCACCGGGACGGCCGCGGCUGCGGGAGCUCCGCCCGCGGUCACUUUCGGUUUUGUUUCUGCCUUCUCGGGGCUCCCGGCCGGAGGCGUCUUUGGCCGCUGCGGAUCGGGCAGGCACCGGGGCUAAGGGGGAGAGGUCGGUGGAGGGGUCGCGGGCAUCGCUCCUCGGUCCGGCUCAGCGCCACUCGGUUGGCCCCAGCCCCGCGGCGCGGGUGCCUGUAGCAGAACCUCCCUCCCGAGUUUCGUUUCCCGGGAGCGGCUUUGGGCGCCCCGGCGGCGGCGAGUGAUGGAGCUCCGCGGGUACCAACGGGAGGCGGCAGCCCCGGCCCUGAGCGGCCUCAACUGCAUCGUCUGUCUGCCCACGGGCGCCGGCAAGACCCGCGUGGCUGCUCACGUCUGCUGGCAGCACCUGCACAGCCGCAGCGAGGCCAAGGUGGCCUUCCUCGUCAACAAGGUGCACUUGGUGGACCAACACGUGGAGAAGGAGUUCCGUGAGCUGCAGAAGAGCUUCAGGGUGGCGGCGGUGAGCGGGGAGAACAGCCACAAGACCUUCUUCGCCGACGUGGUGAAGCAGAGCGACCUCAUCGUCUGCACGGCGCAGAUCCUGCACAACGCCCUGGCCAGCGGCAAGGAGGACACGCACGUGGAUCUGGCAGAGUUCUCGCUGCUGGUGAUCGAUGAGUGCCACCACACGCACAAGGACGCUGUCUACAACAAGAUCAUGCUUGGCUACCUCCAGCGCAAGCUCCGUGGGCAGCAGAACCUGCCGCAGAUCCUGGGCCUGACAGCUUCCCCUGGCACUGGGGGGGCAACCACCCUCGAGGGGGCUGUAGAGCAUAUCCUGCAGAUCUGUGCCAACCUGGACGCUGAGGAGAUCUCAGUGGUGCAGGAGGAGGUGCAGCAGCUGCAGAGCCAUGUCCCCCAGCCCAGGAAGCAGCACGACCUGUGCCAGGAGAGAGUGCAGGACCCCUUUGGUGAGCAGCUGAAGAAGAUGAUGGAGAAGAUCCAGCAGCACAUGGAGCUGCCAGGCCUGCCGCGGGACUUUGGCACACAGGAUUAUGAGCAGCGCAUCGUGGAACUGGAGAAGACAGCGGCAGAGACGUUCUGCCGCAGGACGCGGGUCUGUGCCCUGCACCUGCGCAAGUACAACGAUGCGCUGCUGGUCAACGACACCGUGCGCAUGCUCGACGCCUUCCAGUGCCUCCAGCACUUCUAUGCUGACAAGGGGGACACACAGGACCCCACUGAGCGCUUCCUCACCGACACCUUUGAGGAGAACAGGGCGAGCCUGCAGGCGCUCGCUGGGGACCAGCGCUACAAGAACCCCAAGCUGAGCAGGCUGGAGGAGAUCCUGCAGGAGCACUUCCAGCCCCAUGGCACCUCUCGUGGCAUCGUUUUCACCAAGACACGGCAGAGUGCCCACAGCCUGCUCAGCUGGCUGCAGGACACGGCCACGCUCCGCGGGCGGCACAUCAGGGCUGCUGUCCUCACUGGCGCCGGCUACAGCAACCAGACCAAGCCCAUGACACAGAAUGAGCAGCAGGACAUCAUCAAGCAGUUCCGUGAGGGAGCCCUCAACUUACUCUUCUCCACCAGUGUGGCUGAGGAGGGCUUGGAUAUUCCUGAGUGCAACAUCGUGGUCCGCUACGGGCUGAUGACCAAUGAGAUUGCCAUGAUGCAGGCCCGGGGCCGUGCCCGUGCCAAGGACAGCAUCUACUCUGUCAUCGCCAAAACCAACAGCAGAGAAGUCUCUCGUGAGCUGCUCAAUGAGAAGCUGGUGGUGCUCAUGGAGAGGGCAAUCAGCGUGGUGCAGGCCAUGCCCAAGCAGGAGUAUUGCCUUAAGAUCAGGAAGCUGCAGGAGAUGUCUGUUGCCAGAUGGCUACUGAAGGAGGCCAGGAUCAGCGAGAGGCGGCAGCUGCACGACCCCAGCGCCGUUCGUCUCUACUGUGUCAGCUGCAGCGUGGCCGUGUGCCGUGGCAGCGACAUCCGCACCGUGGAGGGCACUCACCACGUCAACAUCAACCCCAGCUUCGGGCUCUGCUACAGAGUUUCCUCAGGGAAAAUGCACUUCCAGAGGACUUUCAAGGACUGGGAGCCAGGCUGCCGCAUCGUGUGCAGCCAGUGCAACCAGGACUGGGGGCUGGAGAUGAUCUACCGGCAGGUGAAGUUGCCCAUCCUCUGCAUCAAGAACUUUGUUGUGGAGACGCCAGCGGAGAAGAAGAGGUACAAGAAGUGGAGCGCUGUGACCUUCCCCAUCGAGGAGUUUGACUACACAGAGUACUGCUACAGCACCCACAGCCUCAGCUUUUAGUGUGGGCAGGACACCUCCCUUGGGCAGUGGAACCCUUGGCAUGGGACCUUCCAUCCAGGCCUGUGCAGAGUCAGCCACAGCUCUCUCCUCUUCCUUGCUGGACUAAGCCACUGCAGGACAUCCCUUGCUAGAUCCUGUGACUUCAGGAGGCUUUUCUGUGGCCAUGCAGAAAGGACAAGACAUAGAGAAAACAAUGCCUGAACCUUUCCCUGCCUACUGCCUGCUGCCUUCCCCUCCUGCCUCCCAGGACUGCUGAGGCUGAGGGACUGUCUGCACCCCUGCCAGGUGAGCCAACCCUUCCACAGGAGCCCAGGAUGUGGUCCUGUUCUCUGGCAGCUCCUGAUCUGCUUCCUGUGGCUCUCCAUUAAAGAGCUGUCUGUCAGCUGGGA